AAUUUAAAUUUAUAAAAUUAAAGGUUAAAUCAUUUUAACCAGGUUUUUUUGUUAACAUUUACUUAGAAAAAUAUUUUGUCAGUUGUAUAUUGAAAGAAAAACACUGAAAAUCAAUAUGUUCGGUCUGUUUAAACUAUCCAAUGUUUAAUAUUAUAAUACUCCUGAGUAAAAACAACCAUCAUCAUACCGGCGAGGUUAUGUAGCAGAAUCUUCAAAUUACUAAGACAACGUGUAAUUGUUUUGACAAUAAAAAUAUUAUUAAUAAUGGAGAAGAUUUUAGACACACCUCCACCAGAAGACAAUGCUGGAGAAAUGUGCUAUGGAGAAUGUAAAGACAAAUUGGAAAAGUUAAAGAAAGAUUUUCUUAUAUUGAAGAGAAAAAUCUUUUGUUCUCAAGAUUUAAUUAAAAAGUACAAUAACAAAAUUAAAGAAAAUGAACAAAUGACUACAAAUAUACAAACAUUACAAUCGGCACUGAAAUUAACCGAAAAAAAAUUAAAUAAACGAAAUAUUGCUGUUCAAAGUGAUGCAGUAAGAUUGCAACUAGAAAAUGAGAAAUUACGAAAAGCAUCUGAAGAUGUUGCAAAGCUUAAAGAAGAAUAUGAAAUUAAAAUUGCAAGUGACAAACAAUAUAUUCAACAAUUAGUUUGUAAACUCAAAGAAAUGGAAGAUCAAAAUUUAGAUAAAAUAAUGAAAAUGGAACUCGAAAAAUCAGGGUUACAAGGUAAAGUUAAAGAGUUGGAACGUGAAAUUCGAAAUCUACAAAAAAAUCGUGGGAAAAUGGGUUCAGUAAGUCCUACCAAACCAAAUGAACUGAAAAAGAGAGGCAGAAAGUCUUUGAACAGUCAAAAAACUGUAGGUCUCCCAGUUUUGGAAAACGAUUUAAAUUGUAUUGAUAUUGAAGAAAAUGAUCCCAAACCUGAGUCAAUAUCUGAGUCUGAUAAUAUAAUAUUACAAGAAUGCCAAAACACUAAUUCAGCUAAUAUUGAAGUUCAAAAACUUUCAGAUGCUCCAGAAAUAGUUUUAGAAAAUGAGUUUAAAAUAAAUUUAUCUAGUUUAGAACAUAAAUUAUCUGAAAAACCAAUUUGCAUUGAUAAAAAUAUCAUGACUGAUGAGUAUUAUGAUCUUAAAGAUAAUCCAUAUCCUUUAUUUUGUCAUAAAUGUCGCACUUUACUUAAUUCUAAACCAGUGGAUGAAAUAUUAGAUGGAAUGCAAAUGAAACCAUUGAUAACUGAAUUUUCUCGAUCACCUGUUCAUGAACGAAAUGAAACGAGUCCUGUUAUUCAUUCAAACAUGUCCAUGAUUGUAGAAAAUUUAGAAAAAAAAUUCAAAAAAUUAGAAAAACGAGUUUCUCAAAUAAAACAAACUCAAAAUUUUUAUCAAAAUGUUCCUCCUUGUAAUCAUUCACAUGUACAAAAUUGUUGUCGUGAUAACUCUAUGAAUGAUAGUUUUUCAUUGAUGAAUAUGAUGACAACAUUAAUUAAUACAAUGCAUUCAAAUAAGAAAAAAAAGAAAAAUCGAACAAAAAGACUACAACGUUGUAAAAAGAAAAUUCAUCGCAAAAAAAAUAAUUGUAUAGAUAAUUGGAAUGUUGAGCCAUGUAAUUUUGACAAUGCUGAAAAUACUGAUGUUGAUUCAGAAUCGUUACAUACACCAAUUUACACACCACUAAUUAAUCAUACAAGAAAUAAUCGUAGUUUUCGUUGUAGUACAAACAAAAAUUGCAUAGAAAAUUUGGAAGAAGUUGAUAAUUGUCAACCAAAACAUCAUAGUAACACAGAGAUUGAAAAAGCAAACAAAAUUUCUAAAAAAUCAAGGAAAAAACGAACAAAUGAUAAUGAUCAUAUAGAAGAUGAAAAAAUCAAUGAUUAUUCAGAAUAUCAAAAACAGAAUAAUAAUCAUACAGAAAAUCAAUGUGAUGAUAACUACACUGUAAAUUACAACGAAGAAAGCAGUAAUAAAAUAACCAAUAUCGAAAAAAACGUUGAUUCAGAUACUUUAAUCGAAAAUUCUGAAAACAGUCAAAUAAAAAAAGUCGAUAAAGUAAGUGAGAUUAUACCGGUUCAAAAACCAACGUAUAAUAAUCAUCAUGAAGAAAGAAAUGUCAAUUACGAUAUUAACACACGUUUCGAUGAAUUGUAUUCUUCAAACGCAACGUCAAUUGAAUUAAUUAGUCCUUCUAGUUUACAUAAAGGUGCAGUCCAGAAGCAGAAAAAACGCAAAACCAACACCAAUACUGCUUCUGUCAAGUCCAGUUUAUUAACAAGACUUCGACAGUUGAGAAAUAAAUCUACAAAACUUCCAGCAAAAAUUUUUAGGAACGAAACUUUGGAUAAUGUUGAACGUACUGAAGAAUUAAAUGAUACACCUAUAAAAAAAAGAAGAAUUGCCCAUAUGCCAAAACAAGAUUGUUUUGAUGAUCCCAAGAAUAAUUCAGUUAAAACAAAUCAUGAAGAACAAUUAAUUUUAAAUAGAUUAAGAGUUACUCGUUCUAUGGCUAAAUCUAGUUUAUCACCAAAUACAUCUCUAGAAAAAGAAUCUCAAAAUUCUCUUAGAAGUGAAGAAAACUCAAUUAUCAAUAACAUGACAAAUGUGACAAAUGAUCAUAGCAGUUUUCAACAAGAACAUCAAAAAGAUAAUGAAAAUUCAUUUGAUAAAAAUCAAAUAGAUUCAAAUUCUGCACUAGAUAUUUCCAAAAAAACGCAUUCAAAUGGCCAAGAAAGACAAGAUAGUGAUAAAACUCAGGGAUUAAAUAAUAAUUGUGAAAAUAAAACUUCAAGUAUUAGCUACGAAUUAGAUAAUAAUAAAGAAGAAGAAAGUUUAGGAACACUAUCAAAAGUGAAUAAAAUUGACAUGAAAAAAUCAGAUAUGCUUAUUGAUCUCGAAAAUUUAAUAGAAAAUAAAUCAAAUGAGGGAAUUCAUUUAGAAAAUAAUCCAGAGCUCUCUAAUGAAUUAUUUGUAUCAUCAGAUUCGAAGGUAGAAAAAUUUCCAAUAUUAUUGGAACAAGAGGAGCCUCUAAUAUCAUCAGAGCCGGAAAUAAAAGAGUCUCCAGUAUCGUCUAAGUCAAAGCAAGAAAAUUCGCUAUCAUCAUCACAACCGGAAAUAAAAGAGUCUCCAGCAUCGUCAGAAUCAAAGCAAGAAAAGUUUCUAGCAUCAUCAGAGUCUGAAAUAGAAGAAACUUCACUAUCACUGAGUUCGAAACCAGAAAAAUCUUUAGCAUCACCAAAUUCUAAAUUAGAAGAGUUGUCAGUAUCACUAGGAUCUAAGCCAAAAGAAUCAUCAAUGCCAGGAGAAUUGUCAGCAUCAUUAGAUACAACAUUUAACACUAAAGAAAUAUAUCCAAAACUUACAAUGUCUAGUACUUCAAAUAAUCCAGUUCCAUCAGAUAAACUUUCAAAAACAUCAAUAUCUACAAGUGAAUUUUACAAAGAUUGUGUAAUUAACCUUCGAAAUCGAACAGUAGCCAUAAGUCCAUUAAAAACAAUCAAUGAUAGCAAUGACAAAUCAUUUCGUCAAAAUAAUGGUUCUAAAUCGUUAUUAGAUCAAUAUAUAUUGCAAGGAAAGCCUAAAUCUACCAAAAAAUGGUCAAAGUUCCACCACGAAGUGGCAAUGAAACUGGCAAAAGGUGCUGAAGAGUAUGUAAAAAUAGAAUUGAAAAAUUUACUUGAUGCAGAAACUUGGACUAGUUUAGAGAAUGAACAAAUAGUAAAUAAUUUAAAGACAAUCAAUAAUCGAUCUAUUGCUAAAUCCGUUGUGGAAUUAUUAAUUGAAUUGUCUGAUUUGAAAGAACCUUUAGAUCGAACAUUUACUCCUCCUGCUCCAAUGAUGACCAAAAAUCAACAAAAAAUUGUAGCAUUACUCAAGAAACUUGAUGGUUUAAAAAAUAUAAUUAUUGAUGUUUUAAAUAGUAUUGAAUACACUAUCUUCCAUAUGAAUUCAAAUAUAUCAUAUGAAGCAGCAGAAGAAUUAGCAAGAAUAUUUACAGUAUUGGCUAAGAUAAAAAAAGAUCGUGAACGUGUUCGAAUCAUGUGUUGCGACGUUUUGUAUUGUCUUCAAAAAAAGGGUAUGUUUAUUUUAUCUGCAGUAAUUACAAGUUGGCCAGAAGUUUUGCCUUCUCAUCAAGAAGACCGGUUUCAGUAUUUACCUGCCUGUAUUGCUCAUGCUGUAAAGACAUUCAAACAUACGCAAAAUGAAGUUAGCACUAAAAUAACACAGCUCAAUAAGCUUAUUCGGAAUAUGUACAAAUAUCCAGAUGAAUUUCUAACAUCUAAAAGUUUUGUUGAGAAACUUUUAACUGAUUUAAUGACUCCUGACCAUGAUAGAAGUGUAUAUACGGCUAUUAUUCUUCUUUCUAAAAAAGAAGGUAGUGAAUGGACGUAUAAAAAUAUCAUUAGCGGAGGAUUACUGGGAAUGAUCGUUGAAAACAAAAGUUCCAAUGUUCGUGAAGCGUUAAAAUUAUUAGGUUAUUUAAUGAAAAGUUUUCCUAUAGUUGAUCAAAAUGGGUAUGUGAAAAAAAUAACUGAUCAACUUUGUGCCAUACUUGAUUCAGGAGCAACCUCAAUAGAUAUACAAGAGGGUGUAGUAUUUGCAUUAUUAAGCUUAAGUCGGCAUAACUUUAAUCAAAUUGCUGAAUCAAUUAGUAUGUGGGAACCACCACAAAGUCUAUCAUCAGAACUCGAAGAACAAUUAAAUAUAUUUUUCGAAUUACGUAACGUAAAUUUCUGGAAACAAUUUAAAAAAAAGAGAAAGAUGUAAUUAAUGAAAUUUUGUAAAAAUAAUGGAUAAAGAAUGAUAUCAAGCAGAAAAUGCCUUAAAUGAACUAUCUUCCGUAUUUGAAAGAGUUAUUACUUAUGAAUAUUCAAGUAUUUUCGGUCUAUCGCUCAUGAAAUAAUUGAGAGUUCGGUGAACCUUUCCUGAUCUGAUGAAAUAUACAAGAAAGGAUCUAAGAAGAAUAAAAAUGUAAAAAAAGAUAAUCUAGCUUUUAUAUAUUAAAUCCAAAGAUUCGAAAUUUUUUGUUUAUAAACUUUUUUUUUUUUGUAAAAAGA